AUGGCAGACUACUACCGGGAACAGGAUAUGCUUUACUCAAAACAGUCUUACGGCAACGAUUCAAUAAAUUCACAAUAUGAAUCAUAUGAUAGCACGUCGCGGCCUAAUCAUCGUCCCAAGGGUUUUUUGGCUGAAUCUCAUAGUUUUUUCGAUCGGUUCAAAUCCAAACUGAAUCUCUUCAGAGGGUUUGACGAUUCAAAUGAAAGCUCCAUGGACCAGAAUUCCACAGCAAACAGGCAAAGUCAGCUGUGGAAUGCCAUUAAGCGCAAGCCGAUCCAAAUGAUCGUUGAUGAUCCCAUAAGCAGAGGUCAAUUACACGAUGCUCAUCAGCAUGAUCCUAUUCUGGAAAGUGCCAAUACUUUCCUCACUGACAAUAAUCAAAACUACGACAAGCUAUCAAAUUCUCCGAAGAAAAAGGAAGCUGCGUCAAGCGUACCGUUGAGUGGAUCACCUUUUGCCAGUAGUGGAAUAAGCGAUUUCAUUGGCUUUGAGAAUGAUCCUGUUAUUGGUAAACCCACAUCUCCUUGGGAUAAAAUCACUGCCAAGUCUGCACUCAAAAGCUCCACUACUUUGCAAACAAUUCAAAAGCGAUUGCUUCAAGUCUCAAUGAAAAAAGAAGAUGUUUCUAAAACUUAUCAAAAGCUUCUCAAAGAACUCAGUGAGUGGUGGCAAGAUACAAUCGAAGCAGAGGAGAAUAUGGAAUUGAUUUCGGACUUGCAAAGAUUAUUCCAUGAGGAUCUUGUUUUUGAGCAGAGGCUUGCUAGUAAGCUGAGAGAAGUCUCUAAAGCACUUGAGUUCACCAAAAUGCGAGAAGAAGAGAUGUUACAGGAACGUAAGGAGUUGCAACACACAAUCAAAAGAUAUGGUCAAAUGAGAGCUAAAAAGGGCAAUCACAGCGAAGAGGCUCACUUUCUGAAAGAAAAGGUUGUGACCAGGCAAAAUUCACUCUCGGUUAUAACAGGGCAUUAUCAACAGUCUCUGUCCACCACUGCAAGGGAAUUGUUUGUCAACGCUAGUGUAGAAUAUUUUGAGACCGCCUCUGAUAUGAAGGAUACUAGCAAAAGGUUUUUCCAAAAUUCAGUAAAUUACUUGCGAACAAUUCAAGCAGAUAACAUUGAGCAGCACAUCGAAGAUUUGAGACGAAAGCGGGCCGAUAAACACUGGUCGAGGUUAACUCCUCAGGAACGCGAUGACCCUAAUAGGCUAGUAGAGAUAAUGAGUGGCAUGUAUAAUGGCCAGGAUUCGCUAAUGCGGUGUGUCAAUCGGAAGACAGCUCCCAAAAAUCUUGCGAAAGUUACCAUCGGGACGGGAAAAGAAAAUCAACCUCAAUCAGAUAAUCAAUCGGAGCUCAGGCUUGAGUUUAGAACUGGUCUAGAAGACUCGCUAUCUCAACUCCCCAGUGAAAGUAAUAACAAGUCUGAAACGGAUCCAAGUUUUUCAAAAAUGUCGGAUUACGCAAAAAUACGCGCCAAGAGAAAUAUUCAGGUAUCUUCACUAGAUUCGAAUCGCACUUUGCGUUGUGAAGGCUUGACACAACAAGGCAGAGAAAACGUUCGCCCUCGUUUGCCCUAUCCAGAUACCACUGAAACCAUAAGAGCUCAAAUCGAAAAUUUGAAGAGUGGUUUCGGCGGAAAUAAUGCAUCUCACGGGUUUGGGUUUAAGCAAUGUGAGGACGACGGCGUCAUAAUCGGGCUUUCUCGUGACAAUCAUGAUACGUAUGAGCCAGAACAAGAAUUAAAUCGCAACAAAUGGAUAGAAUCUCCUAGAGGGUAA